CCGCCUCUCCCGUCUGCUCUCUCCGCUUCGACGCCCUCUCCGUCCAGCUGCACUAUCAACGCCUAUCUUUGCCUUCCGCGCCUUCUCAGUCUCUUCCACAACAAUGGUCUACACAGCUAAAUGGGGUAUAAUUGCCACCGGUUGGAUCACCGAGCGAUUCGUCAAAGACCUCCUUCUCGACCCCUCCACUCGCGACGUCUCCGACGUCAAGCAUGAAGUCGUCGCAAUCGGCUCCCGCUCGCUCGAGAAAGCCCAAAAAUUCGUAGACGAGUUCGCCCCGGGCCAGACUGGGAUCCGCCUCUACGGCGACUACGAGUCCGUGCUCAGCGACAAGGACGUCGAGAUUGUCUACAUCGGCACCCCCCACAGCCACCACUACAAGCUCGCGAUUGCCGCCCUCCGUGCGGGCAAAAACGUCCUCUGCGAAAAAGCCAUGACAAUUAACGCCGCGCAGGCAAAGCACAUCGCCAAGGUCGCCGCCGAGAACAACGUGUUUGUCAUGGAGGCCAUGUGGACGCGCUUCUUCCCGCUCAUGCGCAAGGUCGAGUCUCUGCUCUGGGACGAGAAGGCCAUCGGCACGAUCCACCGCGUCACGACCGAUCUUUCAAACAAGUUCGCUGUCGACCCCGCAAACAGAAUCUACAACCCGGCUCUCGGUGGAGGCGCCUUGCUCGACCUUGGCGUCUACGCCAUCACCUGGGUCAACGUCGUGUGCUACAACCACCCCGAGAACAAGCAAAGCCCGCCCACGUCGACCAAGGCCUCGGUGCUCAAGACCCCUCUGACCGGCGUUGAUGAGGAGACCGUCAUCGUGCAGGUCUGGGACAAGCCGCACAUCAUCUCGACGGCGACCAUGUCGAUUGUCGUCGACGGCCCGACGGACUGCAUGGUCCGCAUCGAGGGCUCGAAGGGCCAAAUCAUCGUCCCGCUGUCGUCAUGCCGUCCGACGAAGGUCAUCCUGCGUCCGAACGAGGGCGAGGAGCAGGUGUUUGACUUCCCGAUCGUCGGAUACGGAAUGCACUGGGAGGCGGACCAGGUCGCGAGAGACGUGCGGGACGGAAAGAAGGUCAGCGACAUCUACCCGAUCGCCGAGACGCUGUACGCGCUCAGCGUCUGCGACGAGGUGCGGAAGCAGAACGACUUUGUGUAUCCGGCGGAGAUCGAGUACGUGGAGGAGUCGUAAGUAGAUAGAAAAAGCGUAGAGCUGUGCAGAAUGCGAUGAAAUGAAUGGUUUUGGAAUCCAACUCGCUCUUUGUUGCCAAUUGUAAAUCCCGAAUAACAGCCAGCGAUG